AUGUUUACAAAAUCAGCAAUUGAAUUGGUAAAGGAAAUUAGACAAACCGAUUCAAUACCUCAUUAUAAUGACACAAAUAUAAAGUUGGCAAUAAAUGAAAUUAAUGUGCUUUAUGAAGAAUUACUCCAAGUUUUAAUGGCAAAUGGAAAUGAAAAAUCACAACCAUAUUAUUUAUCAAACUCAAUGACAUAUUUUUCAGUAAUAUAUAGAGAUAAAAGAUGUGUUUUGGCAUAUUUAAAUGAAAGAUUAAAAAGAAUUAAAGAAUACAGAUGGAGCUCUGGUAAUGGUUUAUUACCUGAUCAAUUAAAGGAAAAACUAUCACAAGAUGAAAUUCAAUUCUUUUCAGAUUAUGAUAAAAAUUUAACAGAUUAUAAUAUUAAAGUUGGAUUAGAUUUAACAGUGGACCCACAACCACCAAAAGAUUUAUAUGUAGAGGUUAGAGUUAUUAAAGAGUUGGGCCAAGUAGUUUUAAAUUCUGGUGCAACUGUUACAUUAAAUUUAAAUACAACCCAUUUUUUAAAAAGAUCAGAUGUUUCAAAUCUUAUCUCUCAAGGCUCUUUAGAGCAUAUUGUAUAA